AUGUCGCUGAUCAAAUUCAUCCUACUCGUUUUGAUACCUAGUUGCUACACGCUUAGCAUUGGAGUGAGUGAUAAAAAUGUGACGAAACGUACGGCCAAUCAUGAUUUAUUUCCAGACUGGGUCCCAUUUAAAAACAAGCAUGGAGUAGACCUAGGAGACUUUGAGCCUGUAAUCAAAAAACCAAAGAAACGACUCGCAACGCCACUCAACUUCGUACUAAAAGCUGUUGCUGAACCAGAUGGCGAUUAUUACUUUGAUAAAAGCCAAGGUGAAAGCGAUAAUGAAGACUAUUUUGAAAGAAAAGAGUGGUCGGAUUUACAUAGACCCGCAGAACACGUUGACCCAAAUUAUGUUGUGACUCAUAAUGCAUCUGAUAUAGAUGGUAUCGUAAAUAUUAUUACUAAGCCUAUUGAUGACCCUGUACUCAAACAUUUACUAAAAAAAAACAAAGAACGGAAAGCUGAAAAAGAAAAAGAAAAGGACGCUGCAUAUCAAGAUGAAAACAAAGACGAAGAAAAUUUAGAAACAAAGACUGAAAAUGAAAACAUUAUGCCAUCAGAUGAAGAGGCGAAAACGGAAAAAAGACCUAGACGGUAUGAAGACGAUGUGGAGUAUGACGAAGGGAGUGAUGAAAAGCAAAAGCCUGAGAUAGUGGAAAGAACUCAAAAAACAGAACUUAGCGAAGAAGAGAAGCGUGAAAAUGAAGAAAAGAAAGCCAGAAUUUUAAGCAGCGUUGAUGAAUUGAAACAUAGGCAUGUAAAAGAACAACGAGAAAUAUCUGAAAAGCUGAAGGAGGAGGAAUUAUUUAAGGAAGAUUUUGAAAGAGACAAAUUAGACUCAAGUGAAGAACAUGAUAAAUAUAAUCGAGGUUCAAGGUGGAAAAAACCUGAAUAUGAUGAAUAUGAUGACGGUGAAGUGUCAUUGCACGACAAAUACAAAAUAAAUACAAUGAAAUCUAUCACUAGAACAACGCAAGCGCCUAAAAAAUCUCGACAACGCAAAUCAAAAAAAGAAAAAAGUAUAAUUAACGGAAAACUGUCCGUAUUUAGAAACCCACAACUAUACAUGAUCAACGAUGAAGAAGACACCACUACAUCAAAUCCAAAGCCCACACAAUCUGAAAAAUAUUCAUCAAAAUACUCGGCGGAUGAUGACAGUAUUAGAAUAUCCUUGGUUCCUUCAGAUGAUGACUCUAAAGAUGGAGAACCAACUCGUUUUUAUCCAAAGAAACGGAAAAAUAAACGUAAAAAGACAACAACUCCAACCGAGGGGACAACAGAAGUUGGAACUGUUAAAACUACUGAACUUGAUACGACAGCUUCUGACACAGACUUGUCUGCUUCAAAUACAGCACCAUCAGCCGCUGAUACCGUGCCGACAGCUUUUGAUACUGCACCAUCAGCCAUUGGAACUUCCGCUUCAGACAAUACAGCAUCGGACGCAACAGCAGCUGAUACUAACGAGGAAACACACGCCGCUAUUAAGAAAGAAAAGAAGCAUGAAAAUUUUAAGCACGAGAAAGGUGGAGGACGAGAACAUGAAUCGGAAAGCUUUGAAGAGCACGAGGAAGAAGGGAAGAAGUCCUAUGAGGGCCACCACGAUGACACGAAGACCAGCAAGGGCCACCACGACAAGGAAGAUCAUCUCAAGAAAUACAAGGAUGAAGGAGGCGUGGACAAGAGCCACCAUGAUGAGAAGGAGCAUUAUGGAGACCACCAUCACGAGGAACAUGGAAAGAAACAUGCUAAAUAUGAAGAAUCAGGCAAGCAUUCCAAAGGACAUAGCACAAAAGGUAGUCACGACAUUCAUAAAAAAGAUGAGUAUGAGAAACGAGUAGAGUUCUUCGAAGAGGAUGGUGAUUCUGCUGAAGAAGAGAAAUACGGAGGACAUCAUAGUGAAAAUGAACACUCAGCGGGAGGCAACUUCAAGAAAACAAAUUUGGACGCGGCUCACAAGGGCCGGACGAAGGGAGAGACAGGGCACUUCCUGAAGAACGGACGUCAUGAGCUUCACAGGGGUCAUCGAGGUUCAGCUGGUCACAAUCACCACGCCCAUUCUGAAAAACAGCGUCACGCCGACGGCGAAGGGAAUGGCGGUAAAAAAUGGGUCUACCAUCACGGCCAUCCCGCGAAAACGGCUCAGCUAGUUGUCAUAGAUCGUCGAGGAGACUACCAACAUGGACCACAAUACUAUGGCUAA